AUGACGAGCGCUUUGAGCGGGCCUUCCACAUUGACCGAUAUCAUAACCCCUCAAUUCCACCAGAAUGUAUUCCAAGAGGAGAACUUCAUAAAGACGGAACUACACAUCAAGCUCGACAAAGGCUGCCCCCUCGGCCCGCUCCACUGCCCCCUCCGCCACACCUACCCCUCCGCCGAGAACUUCCAGCCGCCCAAGCCCGCGCCCACGCACACGCGCGACAUGCAGCGCCUCGCGACCGUCUGCAAGCACUGGCUGCGCGGCCUGUGCAAGAAGGGCGACGCGUGUGAGUUUCUGCACGAGUACAACCUGCGGCGCAUGCCGGACUGCUGGUGGUAUGCGAAGUACGGGUAUUGUUCGUCGGGCGAUGAGUGUUUGUAUUCGCAUCCGCGGGAGAAGAGGGUUGAGUGUCCGGAUUAUAAGCGCGGGUUUUGUAAGCUUGGCCCGAAGUGCCCUCGUAAACACGUUCGGCGAGUCGCGUGUCAGGCCUAUUUGAACGGUUUCUGCCCGCUAGGUCCGGAGUGCCCGAAGGGACAUCCCAAACCCCAACUCCCGCAGCCUUCAGAAUACAACCCCCCACCACUACCCAACCAGCGAGACCUCGGACCUCCACCCCCAGGCUACGGCCGCUACGCCGACUUCGACCCCACCAAUGCGCGUUCAGGCGGUGGACAGAACUACGGUGGCGGCGGCAGUGCAGGCAGAAGCGGAGGCGGCGAGUUCAGCGGCCCGCCUCGGCGGAAUCUGGACGAAGUGCUGUGCUUCAAGUGUGGCGAGAAGGGUCAUUAUGCGAAUCAUUGCAGGAAUCGGAAUGUACCGGGUAAUCGGGGAGGAGUUGAACGGGGGCCGAAGCGGUACGACGAGGAGUAG